CUGGCUCGCCCCUCCGUAUUAUGUCUGCACUCCGAAGGAAAUUUGGGGACGAUUACCAGGUAGUGACCACCUCGUCCAGCGGCUCAGGCUUGCAGCCCCAGGGGCCGAGCCAGGACCUGCAGCAGCAGCUUGUGCCCAAGAAGAAGCGGCAGCGGUUCGUGGACAGGAACGGCCGGUGCAAUGUGCAGCACGGCAACCUGGGCAGCGAGACGAGCCGCUACCUCUCGGACCUCUUCACCACGCUGGUGGACCUCAAGUGGCGCUGGAACCUCUUCAUCUUCAUUCUCACCUAUACGGUGGCCUGGCUCUUCAUGGCGUCCAUGUGGUGGGUGAUCGCCUACACUCGGGGCGACCUGAACAAAGCCCACGUCGGCAACUACACGCCCUGCGUGGCCAAUGUCUAUAACUUCCCCUCCGCCUUCCUCUUCUUUAUCGAGACGGAGGCCACCAUCGGCUAUGGCUACCGGUACAUCACCGACAAGUGCCCCGAGGGCAUCAUUCUCUUCCUCUUCCAGUCCAUCCUCGGCUCCAUCGUGGAUGCCUUCCUCAUCGGUUGCAUGUUCAUCAAGAUGUCCCAGCCCAAGAAGCGCGCCGAGAUCCUCAUGUUUAGCGAGCACGCGGUGAUCUCCAUGAGGGACGGGAGACUCACGCUCAUGUUCCGGGUGGGCAACCUGCGCAACAGCCACAUGGUCUCUGCGCAGAUCCGCUGCAAGCUGCUCAAAUCUCGGCAGACACCUGAGGGUGAGUUCCUUCCCCUUGACCAACUUGAACUGGAUGUAGGUUUUAGUACAGGGGCAGAUCAACUUUUUCUUGUGUCCCCCCUCACAAUUUGCCACGUGAUCGAUGCCAAAAGCCCCUUUUAUGACCUAUCCCAGCGAAGCAUGCAAACUGAACAGUUCGAGAUUGUCGUCAUCCUAGAAGGCAUUGUGGAAACAACUGGGAUGACUUGUCAAGCUCGGACAUCAUACACAGAAGAUGAAGUUCUCUGGGGUCAUCGUUUUUUUCCUGUAAUUUCCUUAGAAGAAGGAUUCUUUAAAGUUGAUUACUCCCAGUUCCAUGCAACAUUUGAAGUCCCCACCCCACCUUACAGUGUGAAAGAGCAGGAGGAAAUGCUUCUUAUGUCAUCCCCUUUAAUAGCACCAGCCAUAACUAACAGCAAAGAAAGACAUAAUUCUGUGGAAUGCUUAGAUGGUCUAGAUGACAUUAGUACAAAACUUCCACCUAAGCUGCAGAAAAUUACGGGAAGAGAAGACUUUCCCAAAAAACUCUUGAGGAUGAGUUCUACAACUUCAGAAAAAGCCUACAGCUUGGGAGAUUUGCCCAUGAAACUUCAACGAAUAAGUUCAGUUCCUGGCAACUCAGAAGAAAAACUGGUUUCUAAAACCACCAAGAUGUUGUCUGAUCCCAUGAGCCAGUCUGUGGCUGAUCUGCCACCAAAGCUUCAAAAGAUGGCUGGAGGAGCAGCUAGAAUGGAAGGGAAUCUCCCAGCCAAAUUAAGAAAAAUGAACUCUGAUCGCUUCACAUAACAAAGCACCCCCUUAGGCAUUAUUUAAUGUUUGAUUUAGUAAUAGUCCAAUAUUUGGCUGAUGAGGUAAUCCUCCCUAAGGAAUCUGAAGGUACAUUUUUCUCCCAGUCCUAUAAGCAUAUUUGAAAACCCUUCCUUCCCAAACAUCGCUUAAUAGACAGAAAACAAAGGUUAUGAAGGGAGGAUAUUAUAAGAAAGUUAUUAAUGGGCAUGUAUUAUCACAUCAAGCAUGCAAUAAUGUGCAAAUUUUGCAUUUAGUUUUAUGGCAUGAUUUAUAUAUGGCAUAUUUAUAUUGUAUAUUCUGGAAAAAAAAAUAUAUAUAUAUUUAAAGGGAGGUAUUCUCCCCAACAUUUCUAACAUAUGUAUUAAGCCAAACAUGAGUGGAUAGCUUUCAGGGUGAUAAAACUACAUAUAUGUGUGUGUGUGUGUGUAUGUAUACACACAUAUACAUAUACAUAGAUAUACAUACACACACAUACAUACAUAAAUAUCUGAUAAAAUUGUGAUGUUUUGUUCAAAGUUGUAGUUCUUGUGCAUGUUUACUUUAUUAGAAUAGAGAGGCUACUGG